AUGGAGAAUCAGUCGGCACCGUUGGUUCCUACAUUCGAGGGGCAUAUCUCGACGACUCUUGAUGGUCUCAUACUCUUCGAGGCGUGCUUGACCGGUGUCCUUAACCAUGUCCCCCGUCGUCCUCACGAUCGUGAGCGUCAAGAACUCAUCAAGAGCGGGAACAUCUUCAUCUACGAGGAGCACUCUUCCGGCAUCAAGCGCUGGACCGAUGGAGUCUCCUGGAGUCCAAGCCGAAUUCUUGGCAACUUCCUGAUCUACCGGGAGCUGGACAAGCCUUUCCCCCCUGGCGAGAAGAAACGAGCCCUGAAGAAGAGUAAAAAGUCGCCUCAGGGUAUCGUGAAGUCUGAGCCGCUGGCGACCCUGAACAUGCCAUAUGUGGGGGCUGCAGGUCUUGAUCAAUCCGGCAACAGCAAAGACCAGGAACGAUCUCUAAUCGGCUCUCUUGUUGACUCGUACUCUUUCAAGGAUAACGGUCUUGUCAAGAAGACGAUCAGCGUCUCUUUCAACGGCGUCACCCAUCACAUGGUCAGCUACUACAACGUGGACGACGUUACCUCGGGGAAGCUUGAAACCCCAUCCAGCAGCGUGCAUCUGCGAGGCAUUACCCCUCGCCCCGCGCUCUUGCUUUCUCAGAACUUCCGAACUCCCGUCCAUGAGGUUGAGUAUGCGCUGGCGACCGACAAUACCGGGGCCAUGCCUACCCAGUAUGGUCCUGAUCACGGUUCCAUCAACGGCGGCACUGGUGUCCUUCACCGUGCCAUGAUGCAGGGAAACCUACAGAACGCCAUGAACUUGAAUAGCAUUCAUCAAAGCGGCUCGUCUCCUUCUUACAUGUUUCCACAACAUGCUACGACUACACCAAACGGCUACCCGGCUUCACAUUCUACGGCUACACCGAACGGCUACCCAGCCUCGCACUCUACGAAUACACAGAACGGCUACCCAUCUACACAUCCCACGAGCGCACACGACGGUUACUCAGCUUCACAUUCCGCUGGCGCACAAAACGGCUACGCGGGUCACGUUGCAAAUUCGAGUUUCCAGGCUGCUAUACCGCAGCAGAUGUCCUACGGAGGCAAUCCAGCGGGCAACUACUCUCUGUAUCAUCAUAUGGAAGGUGCUCCUGGGGAAGUCUGGAAUUUUCCGGUUUUCUGCACUUCUACUCGGCACAACGUCGUUGCCCUUGUUAUUGCUACUGUAUUAUUUAUCACCUGGGAGCGACGAGCGUUUUUUUGA